GCGCAUGCGCAGGUCUGACAGCUAAGCAGCGCAGCGGACACCGAGCAGCUAGCCGCAGCACCGCCGCCGAUCCGGGGUCUGUGUUCCGGGGUCUGUGUUCCGGGCAGCACCCUCCCCUCACCUCACCCCCACACCCUCACACCCUGCGGGGGAGACCCGUCUCUCUCUGGAUCCACCGGGAUGGAGGUCCUCAGGAGCCACGCCAGCUCUCCGUCCGUGUAGCAGCUAGCAGCUAGCAGCUAGCAGCUAGCAGCUAGGCUAGCAGCUAGCACAGAGUAGCAUCCCGCUAGCUAGCUGUUUACUGUGAGCUGGUGCACGCUGGCAUCGAACCACCGCCAUGGGGAUCCUGUUCACCAAGCUGUGGAGGCUGUUCAACCACCAAGAGCACAAAGUUAUUGUUGUGGGCCUGGAUAAUGCUGGCAAGACCACAAUUCUAUACCAGUUUUCCAUGAAUGAGGUGGUGCACACCUCUCCUACGAUUGGGAGCAACGUUGAGGAGAUUGUGGUCAACAACACCCAUUUCCUGAUGUGGGACAUCGGAGGCCAGGAGUCCCUGAGGUCAUCGUGGAAUACGUACUACACAAACACAGAGUUUGUCAUUGUGGUGGUCGACAGCACCGACAGAGAACGGAUCUCUGUGACCAAAGAGGAACUCUGCAGAAUGCUAGCACAUGAAGAUUUAAGAAGGGCAGGGCUGUUGAUCUUUGCCAACAAGCAGGAUGUGAAAGGCUGCAUGUCCGUGGCUGAGAUCUCCCAGAGCCUCCAGCUUACCUCCGUCAAAGACCACCAGUGGCACAUCCAGGCCUGCUGCGCCCUCACUGGGGAGGGGUUGUGCCAGGGUCUCGAGUGGAUGAUGUCCCAGCUGCGUGUGAGAUGAUGACCUUUUGACUUUGAUCCAGAGUGCGCCCUCGCUCUUUGUGUUCUCUGCCUCCGGACGCGAGCUUGGAACGAGGAUGGAGAGGCGAGCUUCGGGUUGACGGACGGGCGCCGCCCUCUCCUCUUUUCCUGUGACGCUGACGGGGGGGCGGACCUUCUACCAGGACGUUACAUUCUCCUGAUGAUAAUUUAUUUUACAAAAGACGUCUUGAACUCAGAACAACAACAAAAAAAAAAACUUGACCUUUUUUUUUAAAGGAGGACAACAACAAAAGAGACUAUUAUUUAAACUGAAAUGUGUGCACGGUUUUUCCUUUUUUCAGCAAAACACAGUCGUCAGCAAAGUGUCUGACGUUGAACUGUACGUGGAUUCCUCUCCGGCUGUGUGUUUGACUCUAGCCCACGGUGGCCUUGCAGUAUUGCCAGACUGGCUGUGGCAGUUUUCAUUGCCCCCCCCUCUUCUCCUGUGUGUACAGUCCAGUAUUCUCUUUUAACGUGGUGCCUGAUGCAGAAUGUUGGAGUGAUGACGGUGACUGAAAAACAUGCAGAAAAAGGAGGGUAACAAAAAAAAUCACAACAUACCCUCUUCUUUUCAGUCCCUACGAAUGAUCAGUGAAAUAAAGUGUUUUUAUCUGUUUCAGGUGAA